UCUCUGUGUCGUCUGUCUGUGUGAGAGUGAACAACCAUCCAAAUGGCUCAACAGGGCAAUCUGCUGGACCAGGACCAGUUCUGUUGUUCUGUCUGUCUGGAUCUACUGAAGGAGCCGGUCACUAUUCCCUGUGGACACAGUUACUGUAGGAGCUGUAUUGAGGGCUGCUGGGAUCAGGAUGUUCUGAAAGGGGUCUAUAGCUGUCCUCAGUGCAGAGAGACCUUCACUCCAAGGCCUAAUCUGAGGAAAAAUAACAUGUUGGCUGAGCUGGUGGAGAAACUGAAGAAGCCAGGACUCCAGGCUGCUCCCCCUCCUGCUCUGUGCUAUGCUGGACCUGGAGAUGUGGCGUGUGAUUUCUGCACUGGGACCAGAAAGCAGAAAGCCCUCAUGUCCUGUCUGGUGUGUCUGGCCUCUUACUGUGAGACUCACCUCCAACCUCACUAUGAAUCUCCUGCUUUCAAGAAGCACAAGCUGGUCAAAGCCACGGCACAACUACAGGAGAAGAUCUGCUCUCAUCAUGACAAACUGCUGGAGGUUUACUGUCGUACCGAUCAGCAGUGUAUCUGUUAUCUGUGUACAAUGGAUGAACAUAAAGGCCAUGAUACAGUGUCAGCUGCAGCAGAGAGGACUGAGAAACAGAGGCAGCUGGGGAUGAGUCAGCAGAAGGUCCAGCAGAGAUUCCAGGAGAGAGAGAAGGAGCUGAAAGAGCUCCAACAGGCUGUGGAGUCUCUCAAGCGCUCUGCACAGUCAGCAGUGGAGGACAGUGAUCAGAUCUUUACUGAGCUGAUCCGCUCCAUUGAGAGAAGGAGCUCUGAGGUGAAGGAGCUGAUCAGAGCCCAAGAGAAGGCUCAAGUGAGUCAAGCUGAAGGACUCCUGGAGCAACUGAAGCAGGAGAUAGCUGAGCUGAGGAAGAGAAGCACUGAGCUGGAGCAGCUCUCACACACAGAGGAUCACAUCCAUUUCCUCCAGAGGUAUCAGUCUCUCUCCAGUAUCAGUGUAUCUUCAGACUUACCCAGCAUCGUUGUCCGUCCUCUUCAGUACUUUGGAGAUGUGAGUAAGACUGUGUCUGAACUGAGAGAGAAACUAGAAGACUUCCUUAAAGGAGAAUGGACCAAGAUCUCCACUACAGUGAAUAUAGUGGAUGUUGUACUGCCUCCAGAGCCCAAGACCAGAGAACAGUUGUUACAAUAUUCCUGUCAGCUCACACUGGACCCAAACACAGCAUACACACGCCUCUCUCUGUCUGAAGGGAACAGAAAGGUGACCAGUACAGGCCAAGUCCAACCAUAUCCUGACCAUCCAGACAGAUUCACCAACUGGUGUCAGGUUCUGUGUAGAGAGGGUCUGUCUGGACGCUGUUACUGGGAGGUGGAGUGGACUGGUGGUGUUGUUACAGCAGUCUCAUAUAAAGACAUCUGCAGAACAGAGAGAGGUAAUGAUGGUGGAUUUGGAUACAAUAACAAGUCCUGGAGAUUAGAGUGCUAUAGAGGUGAUUAUUGUUUCAGACACAAUAAUGUUGGGACUAAAGUAUCAGGCCCUCAGUCCUCCAGAGUAGGAGUGUACCUGGAUCACAAGGCAGGUACUCUGUCCUUCUACAGUGUCUCUGACACAAUGACCCUCCUCCACAGAGUCCAGACCACAUUCACUCAGCCCCUCUAUCCUGGGUUUGGUCUCUCUGGUUCUGCUGAGCUGGUUAAACUGUAGUAGGGUCCACAUAGAUACUAGUCAUGCUGGUGUAGUCUAUAGCUGAGCUGGUUAAACUGUAGUAGGGUCCACAUAGAUACUAGUCAUGCUGGUGUAGUCUAUAGCUGAGCUGGUUAAACUGUAGUAGGGUCCACAUAGAUACUAGUCAUGCUGGUGUAGUCUAUAGCUGAGCUGGUUAAACUGUAGUAGGGUCCACAUAGAUACUAGUCAUGCUGGUGUAGUCUAUAGCUGAGCUGGUUAAACUGUAGUAGGGUCCACAUAGAUACUAGUCAUGCUGGUGUGGUCUAUAGCUGAGCUGGUUAAACUGUAAACUGAUUUGUUAUUCAUUAAAAUUCAAUACAAUGUUUUAAUCUUGUACAUUUCCAUGAAUCAUGAUGUCUGGUGUUGAUGUAUAUUGGUUGUCAUUCAGAACCAUUGAUAUGUUUUCUCAGUUGGUUCUCUGCCUCUAUGUAAUUCUCCUCAGUAUCAUUGAUCAGCUUGUUGGCUCGGUCCUAAUUGAUGUGUUCUCUGUCACCUGGAGCUGCAUGGAAAAUGGUCCAGGAACUAAAGGACAAUUCAGGACUAGUCAGCCCACUACAAGCUGGUAUCACUUACUUUCUACUAAACUAUAUGGUCUGGUUUCCCAGACACAGAUGAAUCCUAGUCCUGGACUAAACAGUAUGUUCAAUGUAGAUGUCCAGGAAACCGGCCCUAAAUGUGUCAUCUUUCAUCCUCCCAUACUGCUCAGUCCAGCAACAUUAAACCUGUCCAGCAGGUGGUGCUGUUGACCAAACAAUAAAACCAGCAGAUAUCUUGACUUGCCACUCAGUAUAUCAGUAAUGUUCAGAAUAGUACUUUAAUAUCAUUGGAGAUUGAUGGUCUUUUUAAUCCACUAUCCAGAGUCAGGAACAGAUGAAGUUAGGUCUGCUACUGUUCAGUGAUUAAAUAUGAUUUAUGGUGAUGGGAAAUAAUAAAAAACA